GCACGGGAAAUCAUGCUGUGCGCUGUUCGUCGCAGUCAGGGCUUGCUGGAGCUGCUGCGCCUCGGUAGGCUUCUGGAGCUCGGGAUCCAUUCAACCCUGUGCGGCCUUGGCCGACCGCCUUUGGAAGAAGCGCGGUUACUGUGUCGCGAGUCCUCGCCUAGAGAAGUGCGAGAUGGAGACAGAGAGCCAGAGGCGACUCGAAGAAAAGCCCCCGACGCAGACUCGUCUCCACCUCUCCCUCUCMGCGUCCCGGGCACUGGGAACACACGUCUUUCGUCACUGGAGACGCCGCGGGACGAGUCACCCCCUCGAGAUCACCAAAGCUCUAGCGGAGAGCGGGCUCAAUUUGGUCCCGCAUAUUCGGAAUCCGGGGAUCUCCUGCUGACCCCCGUGCCUCAGUCCACUUUUGAGACCACAGAGCUUCACGACUCCUCUUCCUGCUCAACUUCCAGAGAGGGACCCUUUCGGGCCGGGGAGCUGAUUUUAGCUACGACUGGGAAAAGAGAAACACAAUAUAGAAAAUUAUUUAGGUUGAGCAAUGUCGGGCACUUAAAUAGUAGCUGGGGGUCAGUUCCGUACAGCGAGAUCGUGGGGAAGUUCCCAGGCCAGGUCCUGACGAGUUCCUGUGGUAAGAGUUUCAUGCUGAUGAGGCCGGCAUUGGAAGAUUAUGUAUUAAUGAUGAAAAGAGGGCCUGCCAUCACAUAUCCAAAGGAUAUGAAUAUGAUACUAUCGAUGAUGGACAUCAGCCCAGGUGAUACUGUUUUGGAAGCUGGUUCCGGUUCUGGUGGAAUGAGUUUAUUUUUAUCAAAAGCAGUUGGAUUACAAGGACAAGUCAUAAGUUUUGAAAUACGGAAAGACCACCAUUAUCUAGCCAAGAAGAAUUACAAGCACUGGCGUGAUUCAUGGAAAUUAAGUCACAUUGAAGAAUGGCCAGACAAUGUGAAUUUUAUUCAUAAGGAUAUUUCUGGAGCAACUGAAGAUAUCAAAUCUUUAACAUUUGAUGCAGUAGCUUUGGAUAUGUUAAACCCUCAAGUUGCUUUGCCUGUUUUAUAUCCAAAUCUUAAGCAGGGUGGUGUAUGUGCUGUAUAUCUAACAAACAUCACACAGGUUAUUGAACUUUUAGAUGGAAUUCGCAUCUGUGAACUUGCUCUGUCAUGUGAAAAGAUAAGCGAAGUCAUUGUCAGAGAUUGGUUGGUUUGUCUUGCAAAACAGAAAAAUGGAAUUUUAGUUCAAAAAGUAGAACCUAAAAUCAACAAAGAUUUACAAUUACAUACCCAAAAGGAAACUGGAGUUGAAAGUGAGAUUUUUCAAGAGAAUGACCAUGAAGGAUCACAUUCUGAUUUUCCAUAUGGAUCAUUUCCCUAUAUUGCCAGACCUAUACAUUGGCAAGCUGGUCAUACAGCUUUUCUUGUCAAGUUGAGGAAGUUCAAACCACAACUUAACUGAGUAUCCCAAAUGAUGGCAACCUAUUUGAAGAUGGAAAAAUAUCAAACUAGAACUUUAAGCUAUAAAUCACUACUUUCAUAGAUUAGUAUUUUUAGCUGUUACUAUGAUUUGUAUAACUUUUACAUAUAACUUUGAAAAAUAACAAAAGCUAAAAAAAAUGUGAAACUUUGCAAAACUGCUUAAAUGUCCCAUUUUGACAUAUGUCUUGCAUUUAGUUUUUGUAGCUAAUGAUUCCAAGUUGCUUUAGAUGAGCCAU